CAUAAAACAUAUAAAUAGUUCGAUGAGCAUUGACAUCAAGACAGUCGGGUUGAUCUUUACACGGAAGAAAAUCAAGCGUUCUGGCUUCAUUGGUCUUGAAGAUUAUGCAAUCGAAACAUUCGAAUAAUACACAUAGAUCUGUCAAAGCCCAUAGAAGAUCAAGUGGAAAAGCUAGACCUCAUUGUCCAUAAGAUGACAGAUCUCGUUGCUAAAAUAGAGCGCGGUGACAUUGAAGCGCGAAAUUUGUAUCAACGUUUCAUUACAUACACCAAAGAGCAUCCCGACGUGAUCAUCAUUGAUACUUGGACGAAUAUCGAAAAGGUAUUGGAUAGAAUGCACUUAUACCAACAUACUGAAAUGUGCUCGAAACAAAAAAACACAGACGGAACACCGUUAUUCUAUGUUCCGAAAAGCAUCACCUUAGACUCUAUUGACGACUGGCGGGACAAUAUGGAUAUCAAAUUUCCAAUCAUAUGCAAACGACGGGCAGCAUGCUCCUCAACGGAAGCUCAUCAAAUGACACUGGUACCAUCUCCCCAACAGAUGUUAAAUAUAAAGGAUUGGUUCAAAUCAGAGUCUGUCAUAUUACAAGAAUUCGUACAGCAUGAUGGGAUUAUUGUUAAAGUUUACGUUGCUCAAGGACAAAUCACAGCUUCUACGCGGCCUUCCUUCAAAAAUUUAGAUCAUACGGCAGAUGUGGUUCAUUUCGAUAGUCAAACAUUACCAAAAAGUUUCGAAACAGACAUAGAAUUGUCAGAUGAGUUAGAUAAAGUAUUCGUCAGAGAAGAUCCUGGAGCGAUACACGACCAUAAAAAAGCAGUUCUGGACAAUCAUAGAUUGCAAAGAAUAGCCGACAGCCUACAUCAGCAAUUGGGGCUUACCUUCUUCGGAUUUGAUGUGUUACUACAAACAAAAACAAAUGCUUAUUUUGUCGUUGAUGUGAAUUACUUCCCAAGCUUCAAGGACGUCGAUAAUUUCCAUUCUAUGUUUGUAGACAUUUUAGAAGAAAGGCUGGGUAAAGUGUGAUCAAUGAUCUUGGGAUCACAAUUUUGAACUAUGAGUUCAAUUUAUAUUCCUGAUAGCAAUGUCAGUUGACAAUACUCCUUCUUACUCCUUUUUGAACGCUUUCAAAAAUACUUCGCUAAUAUCGCUAUCGAAAAGCACCUUUUUUGUAAAAGUUUCUCUAUUGUCAC